CUCCGUGACAGCAUUUUGUGAUUCUGUGUACACGCCGUUCUUCGCCAUUUUCACGUUGGUCUUUCGUAUGCAGUAAGCUUAGAUGCGCGCCCCCGCCGGAAGAAACCUAUCCACUCUCGCCGCCCUCGUUCGCUCUCGGUUAAUCCGCAAACCCAACACCAGUGUUGAAUCCUUUAUAGCACCUUCUCCUGAAUUCGAAGUCGGUUUUGGUUCUGAACUGCAACAUUCCUUAGAACACGACCUCGCUGGUGACUUUUCCCUAGGGGAUUUGGUCGGCGAAGAUGAGGGUACUGGGCAGAUAUCUGCUUUACUGUGCUCUAAACAGGACAAGGGGUCUGGUUACGAGGAAGUCGACCAGGAAGAAAAAAGGAAAAGUGCGUUAGAAAUACCAUGGAUAGCAGACCUGUCUCAUGGUAAUCUAUCGGUCAAACGAAAGGAGGUAGUGCGUGAGCGGAAGCAUAAGUGGAUUUUUAAAUACUCUAGUAAUGACCGUUUCAACAGGUUAAUUAAAUUGUGUGCACAUAGGCUAGGAGCAACAAAAACAAUUAAUGUGUUUAGUCACUUGGGUCGAAAAACAGGCGUAAAGGAGUACAAUGCAUUGAUAAAAGUGUGCAUAGAGAAGGCUAGGGCGACUGAUGAUGAAUACAUAGCUGUAAAUGAGAUGAGUAAGGCUUUUCACCUUUUCAAAUCAAUGAGGGAUUUUGGAUGUCCGCUGGAAGAGCAAACAUAUGGUCCACUUCUCUGGUAUCUAAUUGAUAUGGGUCUGGUUCAAGAAUUUCAACUUUUCUCUGAUGUUAUCAAAGCUGAGAAUCCUCGUUCAGCUUCACGAUUGGGUUACUAUGAAAUGUUGUUGUGGUUAAGAGUUGACAAUGAAGAAAUGAUCCGGGACAUUUGCGAGUUUAUUAUAGUUGAUGAUAGAGAUUCAGCCUUACGAGUAAGUUACUUGAUGGCUCUUUGUGAAAGUGAUAAGACAAUGCAACUUUUGGAUGUGGUGAAGAAUGUAGACAUCAUCAAGCUUUUAUCUGCAGAAUGUAUUGUAAAUAUAUUCCGAUCAUUAGGCAGGCUCCAACAGCAAUCUGUUGCAGAUGACAUACUUUUGGAUUUGAGAACACGUGAUUAUGAUGAAGAUAAUAUUUCAAACUUCAUUGUUAGUUAUGCUGUUAGCAUUCCUAAUUUAGCGGUUGAGGACAUCAUGGCAAAAGUCAAUAAUUUGCAUGAAUUACUAGAAGUCUUGCUUUCAUCGUCAUCAUAUGAAAAGCUUAUUUUGCAUUGCUGUGGUUUAGACCAGGUGGGCGAUGCUCUAGAUAUUGUUGAACAAAUGUGUGAUGCUGGCUUUAACUUGUCAACUGACGUGUUACAAUUCAUAUUACAAAUCUGCGAGGAAUCUUUUGAAUAUAUUUGGGUACAUCGAAUCCAUUCAAUAAUAUGUCGCUAUCAUUUGGAGUUGAAUGGUGAAAUAUGCAGGUGCUUGGUACACUUUUGUGUGAGGAUAAAAGAUUUUGAAGGCGCAUACAAAAUAAUUGGUGACAUAGAGGAAAUGAAUGUUAAACUUACGGCAAACAUGUUCAAUGCUAUAAUGGCAGGAUAUUUUCGAGAGAAGAAUAUCAGUGCUGGGUUAAGGGUCCUGAAACACAUGCAAGGUGCCAAUGUAGACCCUGAUUCUCAGACUUUCAGCUAUUUGAUCAACAAUUGUGAAACGGAAGAGGAUAUAAUGAAGUAUUGUGAUGAAAUGAAGCAAUCUGGAAUUCAACCUACAAAGCAAGUUUUUAUGGCCCUUGUUCAUUCAUACGCAGCUUGUGGAAAUUUGGAGAAGGCAAAACAGGUAGUUUUGGAUCCAAACAUACCAGUCAAGAUCUUAAAUGAAAUCAAGAGUGUACUUGUCGUAAAUCUUGUAUCACAUGGGCAAUUGUCCGAGGCUCUCCUUGUCUAUGAACAGAUUAAGAAAGGUGGACAUAAGUUGGAGCCAAAAGCAAUUACAUGUCUAAUUGAAGAGUUGACUCAACACAAUGGGGAGUUGGAUGGAUUGCUACUUCUACUCAACGAAAUGAGUGAUCUAGACUAUUGGGUUGAUGGCUGUUUCAAGGUCAUCUUGUACUGUGCACGGAACAAUAAUUUGAGCUCUGCUAUUCUUUUGCUCAAACAACUCAAGGAUACGUUUGAAAAUGAUGAAAUGGUACUGGAAGCCCUUUUUGACGGAGUAUUUUCUGCAAUUGUAGCAUCAGAGGCCACUCAUUUACAGAUUGGCCUGGACUUGCUUUGGGCAAUCAAGGAUGAACUGGGUCUUAGGCCCUCACGGCAGUGUCUUGAUUUUCUUCUAAGUGCUUGUGCCAAUGCUGGAGAUUUGAACAAUGCUCGCUUGAUUUGGAGGGAGUACGAGAUUGCUGGGUUUCCUUACAAUGUAUUAAGUUACUUGCGAAUGUAUCAAACACUUUUGGCAGCUGGAGAUGGCAGAUCUGCAUCCUUUAUCCUUAAGAAAAUUCCUCGAGACGAUGCGGAGGUUUGUGCUGUCAUCAUGGCAUGUGCGGAAACAUAUAGUGCUCUUAAUUCUGUAGGAGAGAAGAAAGAGCAAGGAAAACGUAAAGGAAGAAAGAGCAAAACCUGAAUACACUUUCCAGUGACAUUUGUAGGGUAGGUAGGGGAAAGAGAGAUAUGCCUAAUUUUUUCUGUGGCUUUAGACAUGUGCUUCACACCUGACAUGAUGUAUCCAUUUUGUUAUGUAGUAAGAUAUCCAUUAAAAUAUCUUAAAUAUCUUAAACGG